AUGGACACGGAGGUUCAAGAGGAGGAGAAGAAGCAGUCUUACCACAAGGUUCAUCCCUCAGUUCCGAUCAGUAUUGCAACAAAGUCUGAUGAUGUUCAGGUCACAUGCUAUCGCCAGUGUGAGAUUGAGCAAAGGAAGGUUAUUGGUGACAAUCUGGGUCUCCAUGAAUUGCUUGGGUUUGUGGGAAGUUUCAGUGCUAAUUAUCCUUGUCGCUUUUGUAAGGCCCCAAAAGAAAUCAUCCGUAGACAGCUCACCCCCGACUCGGCACUUCUACGGAGCAAAGAGACCUUUCAUGAGGAUCUUGCCCUUGAUGAUACAUCAAGAACUGGAAUGAAACGUUCAUCAGAACUGAAUAAUCUAGAGCAAUUUCAUGUCAGUGAAAACUAUGCACCAGAUAUUACUCACGACUUCUUGGAAGGAAUCAUGCCAUUAGAAGUCAAACUGGUCUUGAAUUCACUCAUUGACAAAGGACAGGUUACACUUCAACAGACAAAAAAAAACAAACCAAGUCCUAUCCCGCAAUCGGCGCUGAAGAAUCCUCGUGGAGCUAGCGGUCAAAAAGCUGCCCAGAUGCGAUGCCUGUGCCUUUAUCUUCCCAUCAUGCUUGGAGAUUUGAUUGAUGAGUCGUCAGAUGAAUGGGAAGUUCUACUAUUGGCUGUAGAUAUUUACAAGAUUGUAGUAGCCCCAUACAUCACCAGAUCAGCUACUUUUUUCUUGAAGGCCCUCAUUAAGGACCACCAUCAACUGUUCCUUCAAGUUCAAGAGCAGCAAGCACAGGACCUGGUGUCAUUACCAGCUAAUUUACAGCUACCAGUAACCCAAGUCAUGUACGAGAUGAACUUACCAACAGCAUCACCAUCAUCAUCGUCAUCAUCGUUAUCCUUCACCAACUACUCAGCAGCUACUCAAAACCACCUAAAUCUGGGGGAUUAUGCUAUCUGCAGCACUGAUGAGGCAAUGUCAAUCCCAUCUACAUCAUCUUCACCAUUGCUCUGUCAGUUGGAGUCAGAACCACCAUCAGAUUCCUGUCCAUCGGAGCCAGAUCCACCCGUUCCUGGCCCAUCUACUUCAGCUAAGUCUGCUAAGCUAAGUCAAAGGUCAUCAGCAGAAGGACCAAAUACACCCCCACCACUUAAGAGACAGAAGGCUUGUUUGUUUGAUACUGAAAUGAUACUAAAUCAGUCCCCCGAUGGAGUAGCAACAAUUGAAGAAAUUAAGAGGCUUGGAUUCGUGGCUAAAAGGACAAGGCAUGUCCUCGUGUCAAGACUGGUUGAGUACCUGAUCAUGAGCUAUGGAGAGCGGCCAGAGUCAUUUGUGAAGGCAGCACUGGCCCAGAGCAUAAUAACUACAUUUCCCAGCCUUAGGGACCCAGAAGGAAAUACAGGUUUUGAGGCCUUUUACACAAGAGGGGUGAGUGGACAUCCUGCAACAGGGUAUUUGGAAGAACACCUUCGCUAUGUCCGCAAGAAAACUAAACAGUCAAAGGCCAGGAGUUCUUCAUCAACUGUCACAGCUGCAGCUGCCUGCAGUCAACAAGAGUGUAGCCUGCCUACUGAGGAAGAUGCACUGAUGGUGUCCCUGAUGAAGGACAACAAAGUCCCGGAUGAACAAAAAUCCAGAUUCAUGGCUGAAACAUUCGACUUCAGAAGAAAGUGGAUACAAAACCAAGAAAGAUCUGUGAGGGAGAUUUUGACACAAUUCCCGUGUCUUCUGGAGGAGGGAAUGAUUGAGCAAGACUUCCAACUGCUGCAUAGUGAGAGUGCAGAAAAAUUGAAAGAGAAGUGGACUACGAUGUCGGGCCACCUCAUCGCGUAUUGCAAGGAGAUGUUCCCACUUUGGCCACAAGUUCUUAAUCUCCCAGGCAACAUGGACACACAGGCUCUCUCCUCGGAGGAAAAGUCAAACUUGGCCUUUUUCAUGGUGCCUCUCCUGUUUGAGAAAAAAACACGCAAGGCUGGAUCUAGUUCUACAUCACACAUCAGAAACCUGGAGUCUUUCAUUGACACACAGCUUGAAACCACUCACAUGCCAUCAUACCUGCAACAGAUUGACCCAACUACCCGUCCCCAACCCUUCAUCAUUGAACUGUUCUCGUCAUCCAAGCUCAGGCCUCAGCAGACUUUCACAGUGAUUGAAAAGGAGUGCAUCCCUCACAAGUCACUUAUAGAUGCAGUAGAUGUGUGCUACAAAGCACACUUCAUCAUAGACUGUGCUUAUCAAAGCAACGUAGAAGGAACCUGGCUCUUCUUCCAAAAGAUGAUCUAUGAACAAAAUGACAAGCGUAUCAGAGACACCCCUGCCUUGAGUAGUUUCCGUGCUUAUCUCUUCUCAAAGAAAACAUGAAUAUGAGUCAGUUUUGUACAGAAGAUGUGUGGUGUAACAUACCAGACUUGUCCUGUCCAAUGAUGCACUUGUAAUGAUGUAUAAAGUAAACAGUAACCUUAUAUUCACUGCAUGUUUCUAUUAUGCAGAUGAAUUCUUUUAAUUAGAGGUUAAGUUUUCCUUUCAGUUUGAAACCUUGUUGGGAAAUUUGAUAAACUGAAACAGAUUUAUGUCAAUUACUCAGUGGAUAUUAUCAAAAACUUGCCUUUUUCCUCCACCCAUUACAAUUACUGUAUUAAAAGCUUUAAAAACUUCUAAGAGACACAUACUGAACCAGUUCUAAAUAGUCCAACUUCAGCUUCUUCUUUCAUCAUUGUAUAUGGUAAGAAUGAUAUUUUAGUUAUUCUGUCCACAUGCACUCAUUUAAAAAUCAUGGCCCAAUUCACAAAGGUGGAAUAACUUAAACUAUGGAAUAAGGGUGGAAUAAAUUAUGGGGCGCCAAGUGGACCCUAUAUGCUUUUAUUACAGAAUGACCCACAAUUUUACUUUAAACAAAAUCACUAGAGGGGGUUGAUUAUGUCACAAAAUCACUCAGAGAUUGAUUUGUUUCAAAAUCAAUUCUCACUGGUGAAUUUGUUACAAAAUUGCGAGUGAUAUUGUAACAAAAUUAUUGAUUUUGUACCAAAAGCAUAUAGGGUACACUUGGUGCCCCAUAGUUAUUCGACCCUUAUUCCAUGGUUUAAAGUUAUUCUGCCUUUGUGAAUUCGGACCCUUGUGUUUAAUGCUUGUCGAAAGUAAAAUUCUUUAUGCUCUUUUCCCGAAGGGUGCUGGAGGCCCGUUUUAGGAUUUUUUCAUUGGGCAGCUAAUAGAUUCCCCCCCCCCCCACAGGUUUUGUGUCUAUAAUCGGCUAAAACGUCGGUGGGCUGAUAAAACCUUGUAACUAAAUUUUUGGGGAAAAUUACUUGUUUAUAGAACCUUGUGGCAAGAAAACCAGAUUUAGUUCUGUCAAAAUUUUACAUUUCAAUCUGAAAAGAUAGAGAAACUGUGACAUGGUAAAAAGAAGGCUAGUGUUAAGACAGCCAUCUCUUUUGGCUCUCCUGAACAUUUAACAUUUUUGAGAUACAAGGUUUUAUCAGCCCACCGACAGUAUGUGCACUUCAAAGACUUUAUAUCCAGAAGUCCUGAUUUGUAAGUGCGCUAAUUUGCUAGGUUUAAAAGUCAUUGAUAUUCAAAUACGAAAUACAAUCUUCCUUUUUAAACUGAAAUUGAAAGGAAAGGUUUGUGUAAUAUAUGUGUCAGAGGUCAGAGGGCACCAUAAUCGAGCAAAAUUGUAACUCAUUGCAUUAAAAGAAAAGAAUAACUGAGAUUUUCAUGUCUUAUUUAAAUGUUUUACAACCUACAACUUCUAGUGUUCACAAACAUGUAUAUGUCAUUAUAAUAGUAUAUUCUUCAUUCAUGCAAAAUAUCAGAAAUGUUGGAACUGGUUGCUAAUGAGAUCUACUAAACUUGAAACAAUUGUUUGGAAUUAAUUUAGUUCUAUAACUCUGUUCAAUUCUUCUGUUAUAACAACUUCUUUAUAUAGGGUUAAUAUUUCGGCCCCCCAAAAUCUGCCUGUACUCUAGUGGGACUUAUUAACAGAACGAUUAAUUAAAGAUAGUUAUAUGAGACCAAGUUAAGUCCAGAAAUUGUACACAUCUCUGCUUCACUCUUACAAAAGUAUUAUCUUGCACUCUGGUGGUAACUUCAAUUAAAGAUGAACAGUAGCAACAGUUUGUUUUUUUUUUAAUUUUUUUUUUUAACAGGUACUAAAUAUGAGACGUAUGCCAUGAACAUGAGUGAUAGAUUUUAUGCAAGUUAUUUCAGGAGACAGUGUUAUAUUUGCUUUAAAUGGUAGAAAGAAGUGAAAUGUUGAACGUUAUAUGUAUUCUUAAAAGUUGCGUAACUUUUGCAAGCUCAUUGUAUGUAAAAGGCACACAAGUCAAAAUGAUUGUUGCAUUGUUAUUGUUUGUUUGUUGUUUCAUUUGCAUUGCUAUAUACCAUAUCAGACAUGAGUGUGUAUUAGCUUGAUAAUGCUACUAUGGGCUGGACCACUUUUUCCAUUGCCAAGGCUUGCAUUGGUUCCCUAUUCUCUGUUAUGGACCACAUUUUUUUCAAAUAGUUGAGUUAUAAUGCAAACUUAAAGUUUCUUUUAUUUAUGAGGUGUGUCAGAAAAGUUCCAGAACUGAUGUUACAAAAUUAAUAUUUCAUAAUUUGUGUAAUGCAAAUUUCAUAUUAUGAGUUAUCCCCUCCAAAGCAUAUAGGUACAUUCCUCUAUCUUUUUUUUCACAAAAUUUGAAUCAUGUUUCCUGAUGAGAGAUACAGUUUGUAAUUUAGUCACAUUCAUUUUGGCAAAGAAGCAUUUUUUUUUUAAGAAACAAAAAUCACAAAUUUAUAUAGUGAGUUUGAUUUUGCUAUAUAAUGAUCAUGCAUGAGACCAAUGCUAAACAGCAUAUUUUUAUUAUGUUGUAUUUACUAUUUUAUGAAAAUCAUUGUCAAAGUAUUCCUUUUCAUGAGAAGUGUUGCAAACUAUUUUUUUACAUACUGAGGUUUAAUAAAGACUUCAAAGUAUU